AAUGCUGUAAUUUUUUGCACAAAAAGCCUUCACCGGGAAGACAAAAGUAAAAGAACUCUCUCUCUCUCUCUCUCUCUCUCUCAAAAUCUAAUCCUUUCUAUGUGAGGGGUUUGAUUUCUCUCUCCAGGCUUCAAAUUGUUCCAGAUUGCAAUUGAAGCAAGUUGUUAUGAAAUUACUGGGUUUUGGGGAAUCCCAGAUUACAUACAUGUUUAUACAUUCUUGAUUUUGUAUACUCAUAGGGAACUUUAAUUUCUUAGCUGAAGAAAAUUUUCAAUUUCAUGGUCCCUUUCUUCUAAAUCAAUAAUGUUUUCAAUGCCUACCCAUUAAGCUAUCAGGAAUUUCUGAGCCUGUAAAUGAUCAACCAGGCUACAUAUUGAUCGCUGCACUGGUCAAGGCCUGCGUUGACCUUUUCCGGGUUUGUAAGAAUAUCCAUUGACUCGUCAAGGUUUAGUUUCAAAUUAUUGAUUUUGAUAAAUGGGUUUUGAGUGAGGGUGUGGAUGCCCAUGAAAGAUCUUCGCUUUCUCCAGUCUUGACGGCUGUGCAUUGAAUUUUUGUGAAAUUUGAGUGUGUAGUUUUGUAAAUGGAUACGAACCAUAAAGGGGUGAAGAUCGACAGAAGUAAUAACGGUUUCAGCAAUUUGAAGUCUCCAGCGGUUGUAGUGAUUGAGGAGAGUGGUAGGGAUGAUGAGUCCCAGGCGUUGUUGUCUUUCCAAGAUGUUGGGUUGUCAAAAGAUUCAGAAAAGCGCAAGAGUGUGCAGUGGUUGGAUAAGAAUGGAGAUAAGCUUGCAGAAAUCCUGGAGUUUCAACCAAGUGACGUGAGCGACUCAGACGAAGAAGAGUCAGAUUCUUGCAUGUGUAGAAUAAUGUAGAUCAGAUUCAUUUGACUAUUUCCUACCAACGGAUUUGGUCGAUUAGUAAGAGGUUAAUGUCUUCAUGGGGAAAUGAGAUUCACAGGAUCAAUUUCCUCCUUGGAUCGACAUCCCUACACCUAAUGCAGCAUCCUCAGCAAGACAAAUUUACUGCACAGUACCAGAAACCAAAGAAGUAGACCUCGUCGACAGUUUCAGGAGUCUCAUGAUUGCCAAUAUACAAUAUGAAGUUUUUCUUUUUAUCAAAUGACGACGAUCAUAGUGUUUGCCGUUUGAUACCAAUCAGACAGACGAUAACUCGAGAUUGUGAUAUAGUGAAGUCACAGGUAAGUAUCUUCACUUCACUUCUCCCACAUCUGCACAAAAUUGACAGUUUUGUGUAUCAAACUUAGUUUGCUUCUCUGAACAUAUAACUUUUUUUUUUGAAGCAAAAAAUACAGAUUUUGAACUCCUUGUUGUAUCAGUAGAAGAUUGAUGUUUCUAUACGUGUAAAGAUUUACGUUUCUCUGUUCUUUUCCAGCUAUAUAAUGCCCAUUACAUCUA